GAAGAGUCAGUCGUAAGAAGUAAGUCAUAGAAAAAGCUUGUGACACGGUUUAGAAUUGGCCGAAUUGGAAUGCUCCAAUGUGUUUCGAAGUAAUAACGUUGGUCGAUAAUAAAUUAGAGAAGAACGUGGUAGAACAUAUCUAACGACCUCCGACCUGCUGUCUCGACUCUCUCAACCUUAAAAGCAACGAGAAGCUUUCAAAGCGAGAACGUUCGUGUCUUUUCGUAAAUCUCACGAACGACCGAACCGAUUCUGAAGAGAGAGAGAGAGAAAGAGAGAGAGAGAGAGAGAGAGAGAGAGAGAGAGAGAGAGAGAGAGAGAGAGAAAACGGAUUAUUUACUACAAGUGACAAGUUCAUCAGAACUUAGCGAGGACGCGUCUUUAAUACUCGAACAUCAAACGAAUAGAUCAGUUAAUUCAAAACUGUUAAGUGUUGAUAGAAAUUGUUUGUUGAUUCGAUAAUUAAAUUCUAUCCGUCAUGGUGGGUCAGUUCACCAAGAGACAAUGGCUAACUCUCAUAGUGAUCAGUAUCGCGGAUUUUGCUAAUGCCAUCUGCGUCUCUCUUCAGGCACCCUUCUAUCCUCAAGAGGCUGAGAAAAAGGGUGCCUCGCCAACUGAGUAUGGAUUGGUCUUUGGAGUUUUCGAGCUGGUGGUUUUCAUCAUCAGUCCUGUUUAUGGAAAACACUUAAACUGGAUCGGUCCGAAGUUGUUAUUCAAUGGCGGUAUCUUGACGACAGGAACUUGUGCUAUCUUUUUCGGUCUGCUGGAUAAGGUCGACGGUCACUAUCCAUUUAUAAUCCUCUCCUUCUUGAUUAGGAUUGUCGAGGCACUUGGAAACGCCGCCUUUCUAACUGCCAGUUUUGCGAUUAUCGCUAAAGAAUUUCCGAAUAAUGUUGCGACGACAUUUGCUAGCUUGGAAACGUUCUUUGGUUUGGGACUUAUCGUUGGUCCUACAGUUGGUGGUGCUCUUUAUCAGGUCGGUGGAUACACAACACCAUUUGCUGUCCUAGGUUCGGCACUCUUUUUAUCAGCUGUCAUGACAGCAUUCAUUUUACCAAUGCAUAAUAAUCGUGAACAGGAUGCACAAAACACUGGAGGUGUUUCGAAGGUACUAAGGAUUCCAGGAGUUUUAGUAGCAACCUCGUCGAUAAUUGCAACUAGUAUGAGUAUAGGAUUCUUACAGGCAACAUUGGAACCACAUUUACGUCAAUUUAAUUUGAGUCAUGUAGUUUUGGGCUUGAUGUUUGUCAUCAAUGGUGGCACUUAUGCUCUUACUGCUCCAAUCUGGGGUUGGUUUUGUGACAAAUAUUCACAUCCAAAAGUGGUAACAGCAGUAGGAUGUAUUCUCGUUGCUAUUGCAUUCUCUUUGGUAGGACCUGCACCCUUCAUACCAUAUCCUACAUUGAUUUGGAUGACGGUUUGUGGACUCGUUGUCCAUGGUUUAGGAAUGUCUGCUCAAUUGGUUGCUAGUUUCACGGAUGCUCUAAGAACAUGCAUAUCUUAUGGAUUUCCAAAUAAUCUUGAAACUUAUGGUUUAAUAAGUGGUCUUUGGACAAGUACCUUUGCGUUGGGAGCCUUUAUUGGUCCCAGUGUAGCUGGUAUUCUUUUAGAUAACAUUGGAUUUAGAAAUGCCUCGAUGUUUAUUGUUAUUCUUCACUUAAUGAUCGCUAUAUUCGCUGCCGUGUUUCUUAGCAAUUGUUCGAAAGGGCCGAAACCUUACACGGAAAUUGGUGUAACUGAUGAUGUAAGAGUACCUUUGACAGACAGUGGUCGAUCAAAAAGUGGUAGCUAUCGUAUUGCUCGUGGUCAAAGCGUGCCGAUAGACAGGCCGAAUGGCAUGAACUCGUUGAUAGCUUGCAACAGUUAUUCGAACAGAGCUGGUGCUUGGUCUAGAGCAUCUUACAGCGGACGAUAUUCUCACAGUUAUGGCUCGAUCGAAAACAAACGAUAUCUUGAAUUGACCACGUGAUGACAUUUCCAAAAAAAAAGAAGAAAAAAAAAGAAACGAAAAAUUCCAUGAAAAGAUUAAAGAAGAAGGUCCUCAACGAGAAAUUCGAUUAAGUUCGUGAUAAGUUCAUAUUGAAUCGCAUUAACGAAGAAAAUGACUCUCUUGUCUUAACAUUUUUUAUCAUGCUUUCUUUUUUUUUUGUUUCUUUUUUGUUUUUGGUUUUUAUUUCUUUUGUUAUUAGAACGAGCGAGCGAGCGAGCGAUGUAACUUUUUACGAAUCAUGUCCUUCCUUUUUUUUUUUUUUUUUUUAAUUCCUUUUACCAUUGCCUGUUUGUAAAAUAGGUAGAUACGUUGUGUUCGGAUUUAGAAAGAAUGAUGACGAAAUAUGUUGUGGUUUUGUUUUACGUGUUCGUUGCAUAUUGUUUUUUAUUAUCUCUUUCUCUCAUGUUUUUUAUAAUUAUUAUAUAAGAGGGCAAUUUGUAAAAUACGCGACUUCAAUCUUUUCUUGAUUAUUUCUUUUUUUGAGUUUUUAAAUAUUGUAAAAUUUUUUUUUUAAAUAUUGUAAAUUUCAUUCUUAAAGUGGACAAAAAAUCGCAGAUUUUUCAAGUUGCCCUAGUGUCAUCUUUAACUAAUUGAACUAUUCACAGAAUGUCUUUUUUCUUUUUUGUUUUAUUUUUAUUAUUUUUCUUAAUUUUUAUUAUUUUUUUUUUUUUUUAAUAUAUAUAUUUAGGAGAAAUUCGUGCAUCACGGAAGAGGCUUUUCUAUUUUACUUUUUGACCGACACGUUUGAACGAUCUAAUUUUGAUAAGUGAAAUCCUUUAACGUAGAUUAUUACACAAAAAUGCAUUAUCGAAAAGUGACGCUCGAAAAGGCAAGAUGACGAAGCACGAAAUACAUUUCUAAUUUGCACUCAUUACCGUGAGUUGAAAUAGUCAACAAUAUAUAUCUAUAACUUUCACAUGUGUUCUCUAAUUAGUAAGUAAAUACUUUAGUCACAGUAUAGUAUACGUAUAGUUUCGUAAGUUACUCGAUUAACUUUGCGAUAACGUGAUUGAAAAAAAAAAGAAAAAAAAAAGGAAAAAAAAGAAGAA